AUGAGAUUGAGAGUGAAAGAAAGAGAGUUUGGUCGAAGGAGACAAGAAGCCACCAUCGGAGGUGGUGGUUGUGAUGAAAAUUAUCCUUGCCGAUUUGGGCGGGCUUGUUUCAGAGAGAGACCACCACUCGGUAGGGAAUUGAAAUCAAGUCUUAAUUCUGCUAUUAUUGUUAUUGUGGUUGUUGUUGUUGUUGUUGGAACACCUGGAAAAAUAUUGGCUCUAGCAAGGGAUAAAGAUCUUGGAUUGAAGAAUGUGAGGCAUUUUAUUCUUGAUGAGUGUGAUAAGAUGCUAGAAUCACUGGACAUGAGGAGAGAUGUGCAGGAGAUCUUCAAGAUGACUCCUCAUGACAAGCAAGUUAUGAUGUUUUCAGCAACUCUCAGUAAAGAGAUCCGCCCUGUUUGCAAAAAAUUUAUGCAAGAGCCAAUGGAAAUUUAUGUUGAUGAUGAGACCAAGUUGACUCUUCACGGUCUUGUACAGCACUACAUUUUAUUGAACGAGGCAGAGAAAAACCGCAAAUUGAAUGACCUUCUUGACGCAUUGGACUUCAAUCAGGUUGUCAUUUUUGUCAAGAGUGUGACCAGAGCUGCUGAGCUGAACAAGUUACUUACGAGUGGGACCAGAGCUGCUGAGUUGAACAAGUUACUUUGUUCAUGAUUUUUACUUUUAUUUUUCAUAUUUUUAUUGUAUGGGGAAAACACUUAGAUGGCUGAGUUUUUUGCUUUGUCAAGUUAAGAUUAACAGACAAAAUCGUGUAAUAUUUUCCACACAAAGGUGAUAUAAAUAUGUAUUUUAC